UCAAAUUCUAUAUGGAGGAAUGGUCUAAUGUUCCUUCCAAUGUGUUCUCCAAUAUCAUAAAACACUUUGGCUCAGUGCCGUUAUUCUUGCAAGGUGAGUUACUGAAGGUAUUGAAAACAGGGGUGCCAAUAAUUUGGACUCCUAUCUUUUUUUAGAUAAAAAAUAACAAUUGUUGAAAAAAAUAUCUUAAUCUGAGCAAUUGUAGUAUUAUAAAAUAAAAUAAAUUCCCCAUUAUUAUGAGCAUACAACAUAAUUUUAGACCCCACUGAAAAUCUAAUAUCCGUGUUAUCAAUAAUUGUGGACCUGACUGUACAUCUAUGUAUUGUUACACCAUGUAGGACCUGUGUAGACCUAGUUUCUUACUGUGAUAUCUAUUUGUUUGACUAAAUAUGUUUGUUGGACUAUACUCCAGACGUGUAGUAGAUUGGUUUGUUUUAAAUUCUCACGUAUAGAAACAACGCAUGCUUCUGUAUGUACGUUGCCAUAAAAUAUUAUUAUUUAAUGAAAUAGAUGAAGAAUAUGCUUUUUGUCUGGAAUGAACGUUUUCCUAACUGCGCUAAGCUCUCUCGUCAGCAGUGCGUUUUCAAGCAAUGCUACAAGAGUGACGUACAAUCUAGUGGACGGGACGCUUCUCUAAUAACAAUAACAGCUAGCUAGCCAGCCAACCACCUACCUCGGUAGCUUUUUAUCCAACAUAGCGAAACAUUGGAGCGCUUUAGACAUUGUCGGUGUAUAUUAGUCAUUGUGUUUUAAACACACGUCUGUCGCAUCUACUAUUUCCAUAUUUACGUUCUUGUUAGUCAGGUAACUUAGCUGGCUGGUUAAAUUAGCAGUUGCACUAGGCUAGCUAACAUCCCAGACCAUGAGUUCACUAAGCUAUUCCCCCCCUGCUAAAGAAGACGGGGUCGUGAAAGAGGAGAACGAAGAAGAGGCUGUCACGGUUAAACAAGAAGUCGAGGAUGAGGCUGUUAGAGUGAAAGAAGAAGACGUUUCAAUGAAAGAAGAGGAAGAAGAGAAAGAGGAUACUGCUGUUUCAGUGAAGGAGGAGAUUACUGUCACAUUGGAGGAAGAGGAAGACGUUUUUGGAGUGAAGGAGGAGGGGGAGAUCACUGUCACAUUGGAGGAGGAAGAAGAGCAGAAUGGAUAUCUGAUUAACAGCAGAGAGAGACCAGACUCUCACUUUGACAGCGGGAAGAGUCGUUCAGGGGAAUCAGAGAUGGCAAAACAAUUAAGACCACACCACUGUUCCCAGUGCGGGAAAAGAUUCACCCGGUUAGGGAACCUGAAAGAACAUGAGAGGACACACACGGCAGAGAAGCCUUGUAACUGCUCUCAGUGUGGAAAGGAUUUUACCCAGUCAGGGAACAAGAAAGACCAUGAAAAAAAGAACACAUUCAGCAGAGAAGCCUUUCCAAUGCUCCCAGUGUGGAAUGAGAUUUACCGGAUUAAAAAACCUUAAACUUCAUCAAAGAACACACAGAAGAGAGAAGCCUUUCCAAUGCUCUCAGUGUGGAAAGAGAUUUACCGAGUUAGGGUGCCUGAAAAAACAUGAGAGGAUACACACAAGAGAAAAGCCCUACCCAUGCUCUCAGUGUGGCAAGAGUUUUACCCAGGUUGGGAGCAUGAAACGACAUGAGAGAGCACACACAGGAGAGAAGCCUUACCACUGAGAAUGUGUUUUUGUUCAUGCCACAUUGUACAGAAUGUAAUCAAAAAUACAAUUUGUUAAUUUUUUAUAUUUUAAAACAAAUUGAAUAUGUUGGUUUAAAAGCUACAAUGUGUAACUUUAUGGGUGACCAAAUUCACAUAGAAAUAUGAGUUAUGGAUCUUACAUUCUCGUCAAAAGCA